GGCGGGUUGGGCCGGGUUCGGCCUUCCUCCUCCUCCGCCCCCCUGCCCCAGCCCCCGCUACCACAGACGCCGCGGAGGGAGCGAGCGGUGCCCGCUGCCAUGGAGGGCCGCUACAACCUCAAGAGUCCGGCUGUCAAACGUUUGAUGAAGGAGGCUGCAGAACUGAAGGAUCCUACAGAUCAUUAUCAUGCACAGCCUUUGGAGGAUAAUCUUUUUGAAUGGCACUUUACUGUUAGAGGCCCUCCGGAUUCAGAUUUUGAUGGAGGGAUUUAUCACGGGCGAAUCGUGCUGCCCCCCGAAUACCCCAUGAAGCCCCCCAGCAUUAUUCUGCUGACGGCCAAUGGCAGAUUUGAAGUGGGGAAGAAAAUUUGUUUAAGCAUCUCAGGGCAUCAUCCUGAAACGUGGCAGCCUUCGUGGAGUAUAAGAACAGCUUUGCUGGCCAUUAUUGGAUUUAUGCCAACGAAAGGUGAAGGAGCAAUAGGAUCUCUGGAUUACACACCUGAAGAAAGAAGAGCUCUUGCAAAGAAGUCACAAGACUUCUGUUGUGAAAUAUGUGGCACGUCUCUGAGGACAGCCCUCUUACCGCUGACAUCCGGAAGUGUGUCAAGCCAAGCAGACAAGGAGGCUAAAGAGCUUGCCAGACAAAUUAGCUUCAAGGCAGAAGUCAAUUCAUCCAGGAAGUCCGACGCUGGACCCUCAAACGUGUCGGGAUCGAACCACUCCGGGACUUCCCGGGAGCCCCAGCAGGAUGGUGCGGCUAGAACGCUGCAGGAUCCAGCAAGCACAAAGCCUGAGACUCAGACUAGCAGUGCAGCAGCUGGUCAAGAGCGUGCUACGCCAGUGUCCACGAACACCUCCAUGAGUCCUCGUCAGCGCCGUGCCCAGCAGCAGAGUCAGCGACGGGCUCCUUCUUCAGCUGACUUCAAUCGGGUACAGCAGCCCAGAGUCAACAUGAACCACACUGGAUCAACUGUUCUGAUUGUCCUUUUGACUUUUGCAUUGGCAGCUCUUAUAUUUCGUAGAAUAUAUUUGGCUAAUGAGUACAUUUUUGAGUUGUAAGGUUGUCAGUGGUGACGGCGGUGACCGGAGUGCUUCCCUGAGCGCUCUCUCUUGGGUGUGACACCAGAACUGUUUACAAAGAUUCCUUUUUGUAUUUAUGCUUAAAUCCCUAUGAAUGUUCUUCUACCUACCCAUAGAAUACUUGUGAGAAAAAUCAAAGUUGGUCAUGCAGCUGUGACAAGU